AUGCUCGAGAGGGAGGAGGACUGGGAGCGAAGGCGGAUGCGCGGCCUGCGGCUGGUGGUGCGCACGCUGUGGCUGGUGGGCGCCUGGCCGCCGGGGGCGGCAGCUGGGGGCGGCGGGGGCGGAGGACGGCUGUACGCGCUGUACGUGGCGGCCGCCACGGCGCUCAUGGCCUCCUACCCCGUGUGCGCGCUCUGCGUCAUGGCCGAGGCGCGCCCCGACAUACAGGUCACCGCCGUGCUCGUCGGCGUCACCUCCUCCUACGUGGGCGCCGUCUUCAAGAUGCUCACCCUCUUCCUCAAGCGCUCACAGGUGUGCCAGUUGGUGCAGUCCGUGGAGCGUGAGUUCCCGCUAUCGCCGCUGCUGGCAGGGGAGGAGCAGCGAGCGGUGGCGGCGUCCGCCGGCGACCACGGCGCGCGCCUGACGGCGUCCUUCGUGGCGCUGUGCUGCUUCUCGGUCUUCAACUGGAGCCUCGGCCCCAUCGUGAUGCGCCUGCUGGGGGCCGAGCGCGCGCUCGCGCUCUGCCUGCCGUGGUUCCCGUCCUACGAGCCGGCCAGCCCCUCCUUCCAGCUGCUCUACGGCUACCAGGUGCUGUCGCUGGUGCUGGUGGCGCUGUGGGUGGGCGCGCUCGACGCCUUCCUGCUCGUGCUGCUCGUCUACGCGGCGGGACAGCUGCGCGUCCUCAACUGCACGCUGCUCCACAUGGGCGCCUGGCCAGACAGUGGCUGCGAAUCAAGACGUCAGAGAUUUGCAGCGGAGGCCACGGCCAUGCUGAGGGAGUGCGCCAGGCACCACCUGCAGGUCUGCAGGUUCGUGCAGAGCGUGGAAGAGGUGGCAGCCCCUGCGCUGACGCUGCAGCUGCUGGUCAGCACGUUCCUGCUCUGCAUGUCCGCCUUCACCGCCACGCAGAUCCCCGUGGGCAGCCCGCUGCUGGCGCGGGUCGUCAUCUACAUGCUGACCGGCGCCUCGGAGCUGCUCAUCUACUGCAAGUACUGCGAUGACGUCAUCUCAGAGAGCGGCCGAGUGCAGCAGGCGCUGUACGGCAGCGGGUGGGCGGCGCGGGGCGGCGCCUUCAGCAGCGGCGUGCUCAUCAUGAUGGCCAGGGCGCAGCGGCCGCUCUGCCUGCGGGCCGCCCACGUCCUGCCCGUCUCGCUGCAGACCUUCACCAAGGUGCUGAAUGCCUCCUACACGGUCUUCACGCUCAUGCGCCAGAUCAAGGACUGAGGAUCGCACAUGUGGCGUGCUGUGCUGGCUGCAUCCUUCUCUGUGCAU